AUGGAAGGCAAGGGGGCUCAGAAAGAGCUGAACAAGAAGUUAAACUUUUCCUUUUCUGAUGAAGAGACUGAGAAGGAAGGACAGAAGGCAACAGAGACUGCGGAUUUGGAGGCUCCCAGGACUCCCAGGACUCCCAGCAAAGAUGAACUUGACACCUCUCAGAAGAAAGAUAAGGGAAAUCUAGAUUCUACCCCAGAGUCUUCAAGUUCGGACCCUCCCAAGUGUCCGGCAACACCAGCACCAUCACACAGCAGGAGCAAGACGCCACCUGAUGAAGGCCCCUCCACCCCCAAGAGUCAGCCAAUCCAGACAGAGGUUUCUACACCGGGAAAGCUCUCAGCCAGAAGCUCCAAGCAUCUGAGGUUCACGCCUGCUCCCUUCAUGGAUGAAAAGACCUCUUUGUCUUUGGUUAAUAUCAACCCAUUCACUCCAGAGACCUAUAAAAAAUUAUUGCUUCAGUCAAAGGGCAAGAGGAAAACCCGAGGCUAUCUCGAGGAAGCUGGUGCGCAGGAAGGCAAACUGGAAGAAUGGCUGCCUGCUAAGAAAAGUGUUCUACAAGAAACUAGCAUGUCUUCCCGCUAUGAAAAAGAAUUUUUGGAGGUAGAAAAAAUAGGGGUUGGAGAAUUUGGUACAGUCUACAAAUGCAUCAAGAGGCUGGACGGAUGUGUUUACGCAAUAAAGCGCUCCACAAAAUCUGUCUCGGGAUUGUCAGCUGAGUACCUGGACUUGCACGAGGUCUAUGCUCACGCCGUGCUUGGGCACCAUCCUCACGUGGUGCGGUACUAUUCCUCCUGGGCAGAGGAUGAUCACGUGAUCAUUCAGAACGAGUACUGCAAUGGUGGGAGCUUGCAAGCUGCUAUAUCUGAAAACACUAAGUCUGGCAAUCAUUUCCAAGAGCCCAAACUCAAAGACAUCCUUCUACAGGUUUCUUUGGGACUUAAGUACAUCCACAACUCUGGCAUGGUACACCUGGACAUCAAACCCAGUAACAUCUUUAUUUGUCAUAAGAUGCAAAGUGACUCUCUUGGAGGACCAGAAGAGGUUGAAAAUGAAGCAGAUUGGUUUCUCUCUGCCAGCGUGAUGUAUAAAAUUGGUGACCUGGGUCAUGCAACAUCAAUAGACAAACCCAAAGUGGAAGAAGGAGAUACUCGCUUCUUGGCCAAUGAAGUUUUGCAAGAGGAUUAUAAACACCUUCCCAAAGCAGACAUAUUUGCCUUGGGGUUAACAAUUGCAGUGGCUGCGGGAGCAGAGCCAUUACCCACCAACGGUGACGCGUGGCAUCACAUCCGCAAGGGCAACUUCCCAGACAUUCCUCAGGAGCUGUCAGAAGACUUUCACAGUUUACUCAAGAACAUGAUCCACCCCGAUCCGAAAGAGAGGCCUUCUGCGGCAGCCCUGACCAGGAGUCGCAUCCUCCGGCCCUUCUUGGAGAAAACAGAGGAACUUGAGCAACAGCUGAACCUGGAAAAGGUCAAGAUAGCUGCCCUGGAAAAGGAGCUGAGAGAAGUGCAGAAGACUCAGUGUCCUCAGCGAGAUGCUGAACAAGGUGAUCCUGGGACGUCUGGAGCCCAAACAGGAUCAAGUACAAAACGCCUGGUGGGAGGAAAGAGUAGGAAGUCUUCAAGCUUUACCUGUGGAACCUCUUCGCCAUAAGAAUUCACUCUUCACACCCAGGCGUGGUGGCGCACGCCUUUAAUCCCACCACUCGGGAGGCAGAGGCAGGUGGA